ACAACUCUGUCAAUGUCUGACGACGGAGAGCUCGAAGGCGACGGCCGCGAGAAAGAGCGUCGCUCCAAGUCUCCUUCUCCGUCUUUGUGUCUCCCACAAGGAUCACCUUCCUGUCGGCGGCCCCCGGAUCUCUUUUCCUCGGCCUCUCCGCUCCUAGAAGACACGGACCCCCCGUACCUGGCUUCACCGGAGUGUCUUCACUCGUCACCGGAUAACCGAGAGCCCCACGACUCCCCUCACCUCACGCCGUCAAAGUUCCGCAACCACGCGGGGGACUCUCCGAGCCAGUACGGGCAUCUCGACGUGGUGUGCGAGCACUACGACCAGCAGCUGCCCCACUGGAAGGGACGCGGCCCCGGGAGCGACGGGAGCCUUCAGCACCGCGGACAGAGAUCCCACAGAGCCCAAGAGUCAUCGGAAUAUGGGAACCACCACGCCAAUGAGCACAUGAACACCGAGCUCAACUCCGACUCCCGGCAAUCGGUGGAGGUGAUGCACCGUCGCCACACCACACUGAGGGAGAAGGGGCGUCGCCAAGCAGUCCGGGGCCCAGCCUACAUGUUCAAUGAGCGCGGUUCAGCUCUCACUGCAGAAGAGGAACGAUUUUUAGAUGCUGCAGAGUAUGGGAAUAUUCCUGUAGUACGUAAAAUGUUAGAAGAUUCCAAAACUCUCAACUUUAAUUGUGUGGACUACAUGGGCCAGAAUGCAUUGCAGCUGGCUGUAGGAAAUGAGCAUCUGGAGGUAACUGAGCUGCUCCUGAAAAAGGAUGGCUUGGCAAGGAUUGGAGACGGCCUCCUUCUGGCUAUUUCCAAGGGUUACGUUCGUAUCGUCGAAGCCAUCCUUGGACACCAUGCCUUCGGUGGGGGUCUCCGUUUGGCUCUGAGUCCCCUAGAGCAGGAGAUGCGUGAUGACGACUUCUACGCUUAUGACGAGGAUGGGACACGCUUUUCGCAUGAUGUCACACCCAUUAUUCUGGCUGCUCACUGCCAAGAGUACGAGAUAGUCCAUAUUCUUUUGACCAAAGGGGCUCGCAUUGAGAGACCUCAUGACUACUUCUGCAAGUGCUUAGAGUGUGUGGAAAAACAGAAAAAAGACUCAUUCAGCCAUUCACGCUCAAGGAUGAAUGCUUACAAGGGUCUGGCAAGUGCAGCUUAUCUGUCACUCAGCAGUGAAGAUCCAGUAUUGACCGCCCUGGAGCUCAGCAACGAACUGGCUAGACUGGCCAACAUUGAGACAGAGUUUAAGAAUGAUUACCGUAAGCUGUCCAUGCAGUGUAAAGACUUUGUGGUGGGGGUGCUGGACCUUUGUCGGGACACGGAGGAAGUGGAAGCCAUUGUGAACGGCGAUGUUGACCUGUGUCCGCCAAGCCCCUACAACCGUCCCUGCCUCAGCCGUGUCAAACUGGCUAUCAAGUAUGAAGUGAAGAAGUUUGUGGCCCAUCCGAAUUGUCAACAGCAGCUCCUGACUAUUUGGUAUGAGAACCUUCCUGGUCUCCGGCAGCAGUCAAUUGGGGUUAAAUGCUGGACUGUGCUGGGGGUGACUGUUGGUCUACCGUUCUUAGCUGUUGCCUACUGGAUCAUGCCAUGUAGCAAGCUGGGUCAGAUACUCCGGAGCCCAUUCAUGAAAUUUGUGGCUCAUGCUGUUUCCUUCACCAUCUUCCUGGGACUCCUGGUUGUCAACGCCUCUGACCGCUUUGAGGGUGUCAAGAACCUGCCCAAUGAGACCAUCACAGACCACCCACGGCAGGUGUUCCGAGUCAAGACCACUCAAUUUUCCUGGACAGAAAUGCUGAUCAUGAAGUGGGUGUUGGGUAUGAUUUGGUCUGAGUGCAAGGAGAUCUGGAGCGAUGGUCCCAGAGAGUACAUCAUGCACCUGUGGAAUGUUCUGGACUUUGGCAUGCUCUCCAUCUUCGUGGCGUCCUUCACAGCACGGUUCAUGGCAUUCCUCAAGGCGUCCAAAGCCCAGAAAUACGUGGACAUGCAUGUGCCUGAUGAAGACCUCAGCAAUGCCUCGCUUCCUGACGAGAUUGCCUACUUUACAUUCGCCAGGAACAAGUGGCGCCCUUCAGACCCCCAGAUCAUCUCGGAGGGUCUGUACGCCAUUGCGGUUGUGCUGAGCUUCUCGCGCAUCGCCUAUAUCCUCCCAGCCAACGAGAGCUUUGGCCCCCUGCAGAUCUCGCUGGGACGCACAGUCAAAGACAUCUUCAAGUUCAUGGUCAUCUUCAUCAUGGUGUUUGUGGCCUUCAUGAUUGGCAUGUUCAACCUGUAUUCUUAUUACCUGGGAGCCAAGUACAAUCCAGCCUUCACCACAGUCGAGGAGAGUUUCAAGACUCUAUUCUGGUCAAUCUUCGGGUUAUCUGAAGUGAUCUCAGUAGUGCUGAAGUAUGAUCAUAAGUUCAUAGAAAACAUUGGUUAUGUGCUGUAUGGGGUCUACAACGUCACCAUGGUGGUCGUUCUUCUCAACAUGCUCAUUGCCAUGAUAAACAGCUCCUACCAGGAAAUUGAGGAGGACGCUGACGUGGAAUGGAAGUUCGCUCGGGCUAAGCUGUGGCUCUCCUACUUUGAUGAGGGCCGCACUUUGCCCGCCCCCUUCAACCUGGUUCCCAGCCCAAAAUCCUUCUACUACCUGGUCCUGCGCAUCAAGUCAGGCUUGUUAGGAAUAUGCAAUGUGAGCAGACAACCACACCGCAAUGAAUUGGAGCUUGGUAUGCUGAACUCUCAGGCCAAGGGGGAACACUUCAGGUCCUACUUGCCCCCGGGAGAGGAUUUUCAGAAUUUAUCCAGAAAUUCUAGAAAACAUCCAACCAGAUAUGAGAAGAUCAUGAAGCGACUCAUUAAGCGUUAUGUUCUAAAGGCCCAAGUGGACCGAGAGAGUGAUGAAGUCAACGAAGGUGAGCUGAAGGAAAUCAAGCAGGACAUUUCCAGCCUUCGUUACGAGCUGCUGGAAGAGAAGUCAGAGGCUGCUGGGGAGCUGUCUCUGCUGAUUCAGCAACUGGGCGAGAAAUUUGGCAAGAACACCAUGAGGCACUGA